AGUGUUCUUACGUUACUAUGAAGACCGAUUUCUCAACGGAGUCAACAUCGCCUCUACUUGCGCCUACCUCGGUUCGCCCUCGAGCUAACUCACGUGGUGAAGUCCGCAUGGGCCUGGGCGUCGUGUUUGUGUUUAUUUCGGCCUUUGCCUUCUCCACGAUGAGCUUUCUGGCCUCUAUCGCUAGUCGCUGGUUUGCCUCUUCGGAGACCAUGUUUAUUCGAUGUAUAAUGCAGCUUAUAUUCGCAUGGGCCGCUUGCAGGGCGGCUAAGGUACCUGUCUUGCCUAGCCUCAGUGCGCCUCAUCAUCUCUUCUGGUGGGUCAUGCUCAGAGGCCUUUUCGGUGCCGCAGGGAACUGGAUUCUAUACUACUCCUUGUCUCAGCUCCCUCUGGCAGAUGCAUCUAGUCUAUUCUUCACUCAGCCUAUGUUCACCCUUACGUUAGCUCCUAUUCUUAUCCACGAGAAAAUAGCUCCCAGGCAGGUCUUGGCGGUCCUGUUUGCAGUCUGUGGUGUCUUCUGCAUCGCACAUCCAGCGUGGCUAUUCGGCUCUUCAAUAGCCGGGUAUGAGGCCAUGGGUAAUGUCGAUGCUCAGUUGCCUAGAUGGCUAGCCAUUAUAGUAUGCCUUUGCGGUAGCUUCUGCUCUGCUAUGGUUUUCAUCACAGUCAGUAAUAUCGGCCGCAGGGCACACUGGUCUCAGCUUGUCUUUGCCUUUGCUAUCAUCGGCACCUGCGUAGCGACUAUCCCUCUAGUGGCACAGCUAGCGCCUCUGAGGUGGCCUCGAGGCAUCGUGCCCUACAUAGUGAUUAUCUCGGUCGGUUGUUGCGCCCUUGUUGGCCAGGCGACAUUCAACUACGGCAUGCAACUGUGUCAGUCGGCAGUGACCAGUUCACUUGUCAGGCAGUCGGACCUCAUUUUCGCAUUCAUUUAUCAGGCCCUGUUCCUCAGCCACCCAUUGACGUGGUACGUCAUUGUUGGUGGAUGCUUCGUUCUAGGAGGUGCCCUCACUGAUGCCGUACCCAAGGUUAUCAAGGAGCUCCGCAACAAGGGCUACCUAGCACAAAAGGCUCACUAAUACAAUGCUUGCCUAUGUGGUAAAACACCCCUAGCUUCAUUGCUAUUUACCUCAGCACCUCACAACCUUGUAUUCAUCUGCUUCUAUGUACGUUACUAAAUCGUAUUGAUAUCUCUCUAGCAUUGAAAUGGGUUUCCUCG